AUGGUGAUACCCUGUCAAUUUCUAGAAAGUUUAGUAUUAAUGGGAUUAGUAGAAGUAGAAUCUAUGAGAACAGGAUGUGUUAUAAAAGAUAAAGAUGCUGGUGAUGUUAGUAAAUUUCUCAACCGUAUUCUUGGCUUAGCUGUAGAAAAACAAAAUCUUAUUUUCAACUACUUUACCGAAGCUAUGAAAGUUAUUAUCAAAAAUGCUAAAAAGGAAGGAAGGUAUAAUGAAGGAAUGUUAGAUAUUACAGCCACCUCUAUACAGUUAAUUGGUAAACCUACAGAAAUUUUCAGUAAUUUAUCUCGAGGCCAUGGCACCACACAGUCUGCAUUAUUGAAAGUUGACCGUGGAAUGAGUUGGGAAGCAGCAUUGAAGAAACAAGAACAUUCUGGAGGUUCUGGAAAUUUCUAUGUUUCUAAAAGAGAUAUGUGGGGUAGAAAGAUGUAUAUUUUAGCAACAAAGAAAGACAACUCAUCUCAUUUGUAUACUAUCUGCAGACCAAAUACAGGAGUUUCAGCUUUUGAUGAAGAAAAAUCGGAUUUAUUAAGAAAAUAUUCUCAGAUUGAUGUUGCUGCUGCAGAGAAGGGCUGGAAGGAUAUGUAUCAAAGUAGUGGUGAUGGUUGUAUGCAUGGUGACUCCUGUCGACAGAGAGCCGGUUGUAGUGUUGGUAGCAGAACAUACAAACUUCAUCUUAUAUGUGGUAAUAUUGUAACAUUGAUGUCAGUAUUAGAAUGUACAUUAAAUAAGUUUUCUGUUAAAUAUGGAUUAUCGAAAUAUGAAAGUCAUAUUCGUGUAGUACGUGUUGAGUUAGAUACAGGUGAAAGAAUAGUCGGUGUACGCUAUCCAGAACAGUUGAUUAUUGAGGUAGAGAAAGCUUUGAUAGAAAGAAAUAUGAUUGAACAAGCUCAAUCUCAAGCUAUGAUUAGUCAAGGUCAAGAAGGUCAAGUUCUAAUAGAUCCUCCCAAAUUAAAAACAUUUCAAUCAAUAACAGAAGAUGUGGCAAGUGUGGUACCUAGAUGUUAUAAGAAGGCAAUAACUCCUCCAUUAACUAUUAAAAACUUUUUUAAACCUUCUACCUCAAACACAGACAGCUCCAAACCUACAGUGAAAACAGAAUGUCUCUCAGUGUCUUAUGAAGAUUUCACCAAAGAUGUAUGUGGUGGUGAUGCUAAUCCAUCUGAUAGUGACAGUAUUGCUUUAAAUCGUGCUAAAACUAAAGACAAUAACUCCCAAUCAUUAAAAAAGCAAACAGUCGAGAUUUUAAAAGAAUCUAAAAACAUGAGUAAAAAGAGGACAGCUAAUAACAGUGUUUUUUCACCAACCUUGAAAAGACGUAAACAAGAAACAUUAUUCUCUACAUUUGCCAAACAAAGCUCACAAAAAGAAGUCAAGAAAGACAUUAGUUGUCCUAUAUGUGGGUUAAAGUUUGAAGAAGGUCUUGGAAAUGAUAAAAUUAAUGAACAUAUAGAUAACUGCCUUAUAGAAUAACAUUUAUCUUGUGAUAAGAAACGAUUGUUUUCAUUUUUUGUCUUUUGUAGGUCACUUUCAUGAGGUAUUUUUUCCUUAUUUGCUGUUUACAAGUAAUUAAAGAUUUAGCUUUCACAUUGGACUACAAGACACAUUAUUUUUCAUAUGUGGUUUUGUUC